UACUGAAAGCUGUUUUGUUCAAUUAGCCUGGCAGAAACCAUCUGUUAGAUGAGCUAGGUAUUUAAGGGCAGCAAGUCUAAGAAAGUAAAUCAGUAAGAAAGGUUCGACACAAUGUUAACCAUCCUAUGGAUUGUUCUCUUUUGGCGAUUCGGUUCUAGUUUGAGCCUGAGAGUUAUCAGGGGAAAUGAUCAUCAAUCGGACACAGAAGUCAGCAAGAUCAUGAGGACACUAGACGUGAUACCAGAUUUAAUUGAGAUCGGACCCCAGGAGUUUCUCAAUGUUACAUACCACGGUCAUGUGGCAGCACAUGGUGGAAAGUUACUAGAGCCCAUGCAAGUGCGCGAUGAACCCUCCUUAAAGUGGCCCACAGCACCGGAAAACUACUAUGCACUGCUGAUGGUGGAUCCGGAUGCACCCAACGUCAUAACGCCCACCCACCGGGAGUUCCUGCAUUGGAUGGUGUUAAACAUCCCCGGCAAUCGACUGGCCCUUGGCGAUGUGCGCGUGGGAUACAUGGGAGCCACUCCGCUUGCGGGCAGCGGAACCCAUCGCUUUGUCUUCUUACUCUACAGACAGAGGGACUACACCAAGUUCAAUUUCCCAAAACUGCCCAAGCACACGAUUAAGGGGCGCAGUGGAUUCAACACUAAAGACUUUGCAAGGAAAUAUAAACUGGGUUAUCCAGUGGCUGGAAACUUUUUCACGGCCAGUUGGAGCGUCAAUGUCCCAGCACUUAUAAAAUCCAUCUCAAACGGUGCCCGCCAGGCAACACAUUCUUGAUUUAGAGGUUAUGUUACUGAUAAAACAAGUUUUAAAUAAACUACUUUAACAAA